AUGACCUCAGGCUCACGCCCCAAGCCGCGUACAGCCCCGUCGCAAUCCCUUCACUGUUUCCUCAAGGUUCCCUUAGCCCAUGGAUGCGCGACUGUACGUUUUUGGUACCGCGAGUUGCUCUUCUCACUGCUUUGCACCCUCUGGUGCCCGCGCGCGACUGUCCAGGUUUGGCACUGCGAGUUGCGCAUCUCACUGCUUUGCAUCUUCUGGGUUAACCCAUGGGUUGAAAAGGCCUUCAAAGGAGCAGAAAGCGACCUAAUUAAAGACUACGAUGAGAAUAAAGAGGAGGAACAUCAUGUCAAUAUUGAAGACAAAACUCAUUUAGAGACUGAUGGUUUUUUAAAAGUGAGAGACAAGAGUUGUUUUACCUGCACUCACUGUGAAAAGAGUUUGGUAAGCAAAUGCAAACUGAAGAUUCACAUGAGGAUCCACACUGGAGAGAAACCAUUCACAUGCACUCAGUGUGGGAAGAGUUUCAGCCAAUUAUCGCACCUUAAUCAACAUAUGAUGAUCCACACUGGAGAGAAACCGUUCACAUGCAUUCAGUGUGGGAAGAGUUUCAACAAAUCAUCAUCGCUUUACAGACACAUGAGGAUCCACACUGGAGAAAAACCAUUCACAUGCACUCAGUGUGAGAAGAGUUUUAUCCAAUCAUCAUCCCUUAAUGAACACAUGAUGAGCCACACUGGAAGGAAACCAUUCAUAUGCACACUGUGUGGGAAGAGUUUCAGCCAAUCAGCAUACCUUAUUAAACACAUGAGGAUCCACACUGGAGAGAAACCAUUCACAUGCCCUCAGUGUGGGAAGAGUUUCAACCAAUCAUCACACCUUAAUCAACACAUGAGGAUUCAUACUGGAGACAAACCAUUCACAUGCCCUAAGUGUGGGAAGAGUUUCAUGAAGUUAUCACACCUUAAUGAACACAUGAGGAUCAACACUGGUGAGAAACCAUUCACAUGCCCUCAGUGUGGGAAGAGUUUCAGCUGCUCAUCAUACCUUAAUAAACACAUGAGGAUCCACACUGGAGAGAAAUUAUUCACAUGCUCUCAGUGCGGGAAGAGUUUCAGCCAAUCAUCAUCCCUUAUUAAACACAUGAGGAUCCAUACUGGAGAGAAACCAUUUACAUGCCCUAAGUGUGGGAAGAGUUUCAACCAAUCAUCAUCCCUUAAUAAACACAUGAAGAUUCACACUGGUGUGAGAGAGUAUAUGUGCUUGGAGUGUGAGAAGACUUUUAUU